AUGAUUCGGGAGAAGAUGAAGGCUUCUCAGAGUCGUCAGAAAAGUUACCACGAUAAGAGGAGGAAAGCACUCGAAUUCGAGAAGGGAGACCAUGUAUUUCUUAGAGUUACUUCCGUAACGGGUGUUGGACGAGCAUUGAAGUCGCGUAAGUUGACGCCGCGUUUCAUUGGUCCUUAUCAGAUUUCAGAGAGAGUAGGUGCAGUGGCUUAUCGGAUUGCCUUGCCACCGUCACUUGCUAAUCUCCAUGACGUGUUCCAUGUGUCGCAGAUGAGGAAAUACAUUGCUGAUUCGUCUCAUGUGAUCCAAGUAGAUGAUGUGCAAGUAAGAGAUAACUUAACCGUGGAGACAUCACCUAUGCGAAUAGAGGAUAAAAGAUUGAAGCAACUUCGUUGCAAGGAGAUUGCAUUGGUGAAGGUUGCUUGGGGUGGACCAGCAGGGGGAAAUGUUACUAGGGAGCUUGAGAGUCAGAUGAAGGAGUCCUACCCCGAGUUGUUCGGUUAA